AUGACCUCAAGUGGCGGAUCACAAUUCACAGCCAACUGUCGGCACCUGAACGCCCUGUCCUCUCCGCUGAACGUAUUUGGCUAUGGAUUCCGGGUGGAGAAGACAACAUUCGAGGGUGGGUUUGGCUUAUCGCUUCUCAGCUUACCCGUGAUGACUGGUAUAUUGCAAGAGAGCGAUGUGGGCCAUGACGACUUUUCUGAUGAAGACGAUACACUGGCAAGUCCUGAUAUCUCGCCCACUUCAAUCCCACCUUCAACACUUGCAUCCUCGUUGGCCACCAAGUUUGGGGAUCUAGAAGGGACUCCCAUCUUUCGAGCAGAUGAAAGAGAUGAUUCUCGAUAUUUCGGAAAAUCCUGCUCGUUGUCAAUUCUAUCGCGAACAGGGAUAGAGUGGAUCAAGAGUAAAACGGGCGAUGUCAGCUUCUUACGAAUUAUCUCGCCCGAGUCUAUACAUGACAAUCCUUGGAAUCAGUGGCGACCAGAUGUGUUCCAUGAUCUAUUUGCCUCGCAAGUAUUUAAACCUCUGCCGUCAAGGUCAGAGGUAUUUUCUCUAAUGAAGGAUUUCUUUCGAACGGCCAAUCGUCUGUUUCCAAUUUAUCUUGAGUCGUCAUUUAUGAAAAUGGUCGAAUGGCAAUAUACGCAGCAAACAUGCGAUGAUGCCGCGCGUUGGGCCAGCAUCAACAUGGUGAUCUGCCUGGCUUAUGAAUAUCGAUCCUCUAAUAGCCACAAGUCAGAAAAGGAUAAAGAGAGGGCUGAGUUAUAUUUUAAAAACGCCAUGUCGGUCUUCACAGAGUUGGCUCUGAAACGCACCGAUCUGCUGAGUAUACAGGCAUUGAUUAGCAUGGCCUUUUUCCUUCGCGGAAAUUCUGGUACCCAAUCAGCUUUACCACUCAUUACUGCGGCCAUGCGGUCCGGUCAACGGAUGGGACUUCACCGAGACAUUGCAAGGCCAGACCUUAGCCCAGCCCAACAGGAAGAAAGAAGGCGCGUCUUUUGGGUUGCCUUUGUCAUCGAUCAAAGUACUUGCCUAAGGAUUGGAAACGCACCAUCUCAACAUCCAGAUGACUUCGAUGUCCCUCUUCCGGAAGAAAUGGACAGCGAUAAGCAUGGUGAUUCUUCAAGCAACAUAACAUUCUUCCGCCAAAUGUGUCGGAUGUCUCUCAUAAAAGGUCGCAUAUACAGCCGGUUGUACUCUGCCAAAGCAUUAUUGAGGCCACCACUUGAAAUCUACAAGACAGUCAAAGAGCUACAUGCAGAGCUUGAGGAAUGGAGACUCGAUUCUCCAUCCAUUAGUGAACCAAAAUUGAAGUCUGCUGAAGGCGACUUUCUAUUCGGGUUUGCUUCUCUUGGUCUGCACUUUGUCUAUCACAAUGCCUUGAUAAUGAUUCAUCGGGUACCUGUCUUUAUUAACUACAUGGUGAUGGCCAGAGAUGAGCCAGAGGAUCUGCGGUCGCUCAGCAAAGCACACGCUGCAAAAUCAGGAACCAUCGGUGCACAGGCCGCUCGCGAUACACUGAAGCUCAUCAAUAAUAUGCCAUGGGGAGACAUCGCAUGGACUUGGUCCCUGUUAUACUACGUUUUCUUAGCGGCAACAACAAUGUUCUCAAACAUUUUACGGGAUACUCGACAUUCUCAAGUCCGAGCAGAUCUUCAAUCCCUCACAAUGGCCUCAAGCUUCUUCGCAACUCUCGUCCCCGGCGACGGGCCAAAUAGCUAUGCCGGGUUCAUGACUCGCAUGAGCGCCACAUUGGAGCGCAUCGCCAGGAUUGUAGUUGAGAAAGAGGAAAAAAGAUCUCGUGCCCCUGACGAAGAAGAUCAAGAAUAUAAACCGCCAGGAGCUAAAAGACACCACGCGCGGAAAACAACACAACAUCCAAAACAGCACCGUCCUGCAACCUCGCGCACGCCAAAGACAUCUGGCACCGCUCCCGUUCAAACAUCAAACACCGCCAGACAAAUGAACUUCGGAAUCCCUGACACUCUCGAAGGUCUCCCCCCAGUCAAUUCCUCCGGCUAUGUUGUACCCAUGAGCCCAGGCCCAGGUUCAACCCCAAACAACAACAGUCAAAGCUCAUACAUGAACGCUCAAACUUUCUCUCCAUCAACAACAAACCUAGACCGCACAUUUCUCCACGAAGGAGCCCGCACUGCAAUCCCCGCCCCAAUCCCCGCCUGGCAACUUUCCCAAGACUUCUCCGCAGCAGCGACGACCCCAGCUCUUAAAACCGCCACUGCCUCCCCAGACUCCUACAACAGCAACCCCAUCCCCGAUUUCUUCCAGGUCCCCAUGUCCGGCGAAUGGGACUACGGCGGAAACAUGUUUCCCGGCCUCUUCCCCGCAGAAUAUUCUUUCCCGCCCCCUCACCCUGUCCAAGCUGAUGGGUAUCCGCCUAUGCCGAUUUUGUCGGCUGAGUCUUUUAUGAAUGGCGCACCUGCAGUUGAUGGCCAUGCGGCCCAGGCUGCUGGGCUGGAUGCCCAGAAUUUGGGGUACGGAUAUGUGCCUGAGGGGCAGGAGGAUGUAAAUCAGGGAUCUGAUUCGGUUUGGUCGAAUGGGUUCUUGGGUCUCUUCUAG